GUACUCAGGGCAGGUCAAUGAAAUAAUUUUGUUAUUAAAAAAAAAACCAUCGGCCAUUUUUAAGAAUCGUAUGAUUUCGCGCGCGGCUUCUCGUUUAUAUCUAUCAUUUAAUGAAAGUGGUCAUCGUUAUGUAUUACUAAUAUCAAUAAUAUAUUCAUUAUUAUUUGGUGACUUAUAAAAUAUCUUUAUCAUGUCUCAAACCGAGGACGCAAUGGAUGUGGCAGAUGUCGGCGAUAAUUCUAAUGGUUCCUCCAGUGAUACGACUUCAUCCAGAGGUAAAGAAGGCGAUUUUGAAAGUAAAAUAGAAACCGAUCGUGCCAAACGAUUUGAUUUUUUAUUGAAACAAACUGAAAUUUUUUCUCAUUUUAUGACUAAUACUCCUAAAUCUGGCAGCAGCCCACCUAAACCUAAAGCAGGAAGACCAAAGAAGAAUAAAGAUUCGGAUGUCACAGGAGAUCAUCGUCAUCGAAAAACUGAGCAAGAAGAAGAUGAAGAAUUACUUGCUGAAACCAAUUUAAAACAAAAGAAUAUAUUUCGCUUUGAAGCAUCUCCACAUUAUAUUAAAAAUGGAGAAAUGCGAGAUUACCAAGUAAGAGGUCUUAACUGGAUGAUAUCCCUAUAUGAGAAUGGUAUCAAUGGUAUAUUAGCUGAUGAAAUGGGUUUAGGAAAAACAUUACAAACUAUUUCUCUUUUGGGUUACAUGAAGCAUUUUAAGAAUGUUCCAGGACCACACAUAGUAAUUGUGCCAAAGUCCACAUUAACAAACUGGAUGAAUGAAUUUAAGAAAUGGUGUCCUUCACUAAAGGCAGUAUGUUUAAUUGGCGAUCAGGAAACCAGGAACACAUUUAUUCGUGAGACACUUAUGCCUGGCAACUGGGAUGUUUGCAUUACAUCUUACGAAAUGAUUAUUAGAGAAAGAUCUGUGUUCAAGAAAUUCAACUGGCGCUAUAUGGUUAUUGAUGAAGCUCAUCGAAUAAAGAAUGAAAAGUCUAAACUUUCAGAAUUGUUGCGGGAGUUUAAAAGUAUGAAUCGAUUGCUAUUAACUGGUACUCCUCUUCAGAAUAACCUUCAUGAACUGUGGGCUUUACUUAAUUUUCUUCUGCCUGAUGUGUUUAAUAGUUCAGAUGAUUUUGAUUCAUGGUUCAACACCAAUGCAGCUUUAGGAGAUAACCAGCUGGUAUCUCGUUUGCAUGCUGUAUUACGACCAUUUUUACUCAGACGUCUUAAAUCUGAAGUCGAAAAGAAACUCAAGCCAAAAAAAGAAGUUAAAGUUUAUGUAGGCUUGAGCAAGAUGCAAAGGGAAUGGUAUACUAAAGUUCUUAUGAAGGACAUUGAUGUUGUAAAUGGUGCUGGUAAAGUGGAAAAAAUGCGUCUGCAGAACAUCCUUAUGCAGCUGCGUAAGUGUUGUAACCACCCAUACUUGUUCGAUGGUGCUGAGCCUGGCCCACCUUAUACUACUGAUGAACAUUUAGUAUAUAAUUGUGGCAAGAUGGUGAUACUUGAUAAGUUGCUGCCCAAACUACGUGAGCAAGAUUCUCGCGUUUUAAUUUUUUCACAGAUGACAAGAAUGUUAGACAUCUUGGAAGAUUACUGUCUAUGGAGGCAAUAUAAAUAUUGCCGCUUGGAUGGUCAAACGCCACAUGAAGAUAGAAAUAGGCAAAUAGAAGAAUACAAUGCAGAAGGUAGUGAGAAGUUUGUUUUUAUGUUGUCGACUAGAGCUGGAGGUCUUGGAAUCAACUUGACAUCAGCAGAUGUUGUUAUCAUUUAUGAUUCUGAUUGGAAUCCUCAGAUGGAUUUACAGGCUAUGGAUAGAGCUCACCGUAUUGGACAGAAAAAACAAGUUCGAGUAUUUCGACUUAUUACGGACAAUACAGUUGAGGAGAAAAUUGUGGAGAGAGCAGAAGUGAAACUACGACUUGACAAAUUGGUUAUUCAGUCUGGUCGAUUAGUAGAUACCAAGAAUCAGCUAAACAAGGAUGAGAUGCUCAACAUGAUUAGACACGGAGCAAACCAUGUGUUUUCUUCAAAAGAUUCCGAAAUUACUGAAGAAGACAUUGAUACUAUACUAGCUAAGGGAGAAUCCAAGACUGAAGAACUUAAGCAGAAGUUGGAGAGUUUAGGAGAAUCUUCGCUUCGAGCCUUUUCAAUGGAUACUCCUGGUGCAACAACAGAUUCGGUGUACCAAUUUGAAGGAGAGGAUUAUAGAGAGAAACAGAAGGUUAUUCCAAUCGGUAACUGGAUAGAGCCUCCUAAACGCGAGCGUAAAGCUAAUUAUGCAGUGGAUGCAUACUUCAGGGAGGCACUUCGUGUCUCCGAACCCAAGGCGCCAAAGGUACAGGCACCAAGACCACCGAAGCAACCUAUUGUUCAAGAUUUUCAGUUCUUUCCACCCAGGCUUUUCGAAUUGUUGGAUCAAGAAAUAUACCAUUACCGGAAGACUCUUGGUUAUAAAGUUCCACGAAAUCCAGAAUUAGGUCCAGACGCAGCAAAAAUUCAAAGAGAAGAGCAGCGCAAGAUCGACGAUGCUGAGGCUCUUACAGAAGAAGAAAUACAAGAAAAAGAACAACUUUUAACACAAGGGUUUACAAAUUGGACAAAACGGGAUUUUAAUCAGUUCAUCAAAGCAAAUGAAAAAUAUGGUCGAGAUGAUAUUGAGAAUAUAGCAAAAGAUGUCGAAGGGAAAACGCCAGAAGAGGUCAUGGAGUACUCUGCUGUUUUUUGGGAGAGAUGUCAUGAGUUACAGGAUGUAGAUAGAAUUAUGGGGCAAAUUGAAAGGGGCGAAGCUAAAAUUCAAAGAAGAGCCUCUAUAAAGAAAGCUUUAGAUGCCAAAAUGGCACGUUAUAGAGCACCAUUCCAUCAGCUCAGAAUCUCUUAUGGAACUAAUAAAGGCAAAAACUAUGUAGAAGAAGAAGACAGGUUCUUGGUCUGUAUGCUGCACAAGCUCGGCUUUGAUAAAGAAAACGUGUACGAAGAAUUACGCGCGGCUGUCCACGCAGCGCCUCAAUUCCGUUUCGAUUGGUUCUUGAAGUCGCGCACAGCUGUUGAACUGCAGCGCAGAUGUAAUACACUUAUUACGUUAAUUGAAAGAGAAAAUCAAGAACUCGAAGAGAAAGAGAGGGCAGAAAAGAAGAAGAAAAGUGGAAGUGCAAACCUUAAUACUUCUGGAGGUAAUUCAACUGGCAAGGGUCCAAAUACAAGUAAACGUAAAGCUGAUAAUACUCCUGAUACUGCACAGAAACACAAGAAGAAAAAGAAGUGAAAUGAGUGAUCAGUGCAAAUAGAUAAGGCCACAUAGUUACAAUAGUUAAUAGAUUAAAAACAGAUGACAUAAUAAUAUUUAUUAUUUAAAUAUUUUUAUCGAUUCUAAUUUAUUGAUGUGGCACGUCCGUGUAAUAUUUAAGCAGAUCGCCAUUUCUACUAGUUCCAUAUGUACAAACUAUCAUUAAGAUUAGUCUGGACACUUAUUGCAGUGGUACUAACUGCAUAUUGUCCAUUUCCAUGCUCCUGUCAUUCAAGCCUGUUAAACAACAAAUAAAAAUGGCGAUUGCAAAGCAUUUAAAAUUUUAACAUAUUUAGUAUUUAUAAUUUUAGUUGGUUUCUGUAUUUGAUUUAGUAAUUUUAAAUUACACCGUUAUAGAAUUUUAUCCAUGGAUGAAAGAGAUUGUGUAUCUAUUUGGAAUAAGUUUAAGUUGUAGAAGACACAUUUUUGCAAGUCAUUUAAUAAAUAAAGUGACACCUGAA